AUGUUCAUCCGCAGUCGAAGUGGCAUUUCUGUUCGUGAGGGCGACACUGAGUUUUGGUCAGCCACAGUUAGUCGAAUUUCUAACCGCAGUGCCAAUUCAGAAGUGAAAGAGUAUAUCCAGUCAACAGAUACAAAAAUAAGCGAAUGGGAACCAAGUAUUGUUGCACAUAUCCAGGAAAACGAAGAGGAGACAAAUGCUUGGAUACGAUAUUUAGCAAUGGAGGAAUUUCCUGAAUUUUCAAGUAUGAAUUGCACUGUUAAUAAGGAGAUGACCGUUGCGGAAUAUUUGAUCGUGUCGACAGCUUCACAGCCAUCUUCAUCAUUUCGUAGUGUUUUGCACCAAACCGAAUAUUUGCCAAGCAAUUUAUCAAAUAGUUUCUUGGAACAAGAAAACGUAAAUGAAAAAGAGACGCGUCAGAGGCUUAUUCGUGAAAGACAGGUACAAGCAGCUCGUAAACGUCGCGAAGAGAUGUCGCCAUUAGAAAUGCAACAGCUAAAGGCACGAUGGGCUGAGACAGCGAGGCGUCGACGAGAAAACAUGAGCGAAGAAAAGAGACAAUUACAAAAAGCAAAAUGGGCAGAGGCUGCCAGAAGAAGGUACUACCGAAUGAGCAUUGAAGAACGACGGCAGCUAGGUGCUAGGCAAACGGAAAGAAAGCGAUUGAAACGACAAAUAGCGGCUGCAGAAGCAGCAAAACUAAAAACUAGUGUUCCAGGUAAAAAAGAUUCUGUGUAA